GACUGGCAUCCAGUCAUAACUAUACAGCCAUGGCUAUUACCCUGGGGCUGCUCUUCUUAUUCGGCCUUGGCUCCGGAUCACUUGCUCAGUGGGCGCCUCCCACUGGAGGAGAGUUCCUGCAGCCAUUCCCUGUGGCACCACCGCCGCCGCCGCCACCAACCCUCGCCCGCGAUCUGGACGAGAUUACACGUCUGAUUCAGAUCAAGCCUCUGAAUCAGCUGCUGGUGCGUUACCUGAUCAACGAUGCUCAGUUCCAGGCCUUUGUGAGGAUUAUCAACAGCAACGCUGGCUUCACGGCCCGCUGGCGUUUACUCUCGCAGCCCGAGCUCAUCCUAUUCCUACAGUGGGUCGAUCAGCAGCUACUGGCAUCUGGCGGCGCCUUUGAGAUGGAGGAGCAGGAGCUAGCCGUCACUUUGUUCAACCGCUUCCCCUACUGGUCGGGCACCGUCUUCGGUUGGCAGGGAUUCCUCAACGAGGCACAGCUCUACUUGCCCACAUAUGCGAUUCGCGCCCAUAUCGAUGCCAAACUGAUGCAGCCGGGCAUCUUUUCCCAGUUCUGGUCAAGACUACAGGCUCUGCGCGUGGUCUACGAACGCUGGUUGGCUUUGCCGGGGACUGUGCAGGUUGUGGCUGAGCUGCAGCAGGCGGGCAUCGACACGGCUCAGUUGGAUGGAAUUAUACGCAAUCUGUUUGGCUGGAAUGUUGUUGUCAAUGCACCAACCACUGCAUCAAUUGGAACAACUGCAGCAACUGCAACAACCUCGACGCCAGCACCUCCCACAAGAAGUCCAGCUGCUGUGAUCCCUCCGGGAAACGGAGCUCCACUGGCACCGCUGCCACCACUGCCAGAUGUGCCAGUUGUGCCAGUUGUCUAGAGUGGUCAAUAUAUCUAUCGUAUAUUUGUAUGAUAUUUGCACUAGCAACAUUCGGCCGCGGCCUCUAACAAUGAAUGGGAAC